UGCGGGAGGGGGUGACCAGAAGAAUUACCAGAAGGUCUGCCAUGUUCGGAGCAGGUACCCCCCCACAAACGAGGAUCAGCUAGCCUGUGGGCCUGCGCCAUCGCGGAAGCUUGCGGUUCUCCAUCCUCGGUGCACUCCCGCGCACACGCGCGAGAGGUGGGAGUGAUGCUGCUGUAGCUGCUGGACGCCGGGAUGGGAUAAUCAUGCGCGUCUGGCUUCGGGCGUUGGUGCAGCUGCCGUUCGUGGGUUCGGUCUGGACCGGGAUUGCAGGGUGGGUCUAGCUGCAGACCGGAACCCUUUGGACCUCAGGUCGAUGUUGAUGAGCGUUCUGACAGAGAGCAGCGCCAUGGCCGCGGGACGACACGCAGUCUUUUGAAAGAGAUCGACGGUUUUGCGAUGGAAGGCGGGAAUCUGUGAAGAAGAGCCGGAGGAUUCCGAAGCAGCCCUCAGAGAAUUACCGAGGAGCGGAGCGGGCGGGUUUCUGCGGGGAAUGCUCGUUUCCAACAAUCUGAGGAAGAAGCGCAGCGCGAAGAGCGGAAUCUGUAAUUAGGAUCAGGCUGAAGCAGCAUCCGGGCGGGGGCUGGAUGGAGAAGGCGCAGUGAAGGCUGACAGCGGCGGGCCGUGUGUAGGAGGACGCGGAGGGAGAGCGGGCGCUUGACGGCCGGGCGGCUCCAUGAGCGGCUCCUGCCCGCAGAGAGCGCCCACAGCCCAGCCGGAGCCUUUCUGACGCCCGGCGGUCAGUCUGGAAGUUUUGAUGCAUAUGAUCACAACCACCAUGAUUUUUAUGAUUCUUGGUGCUUCAGUUGUUAUGGCGAUCGCCUGUUUGAUGGACAUGAACGCGCUGCUGGACCGCUUUCACAACUACAUCCUACCGCAUCUAAGAGGGGAGGACCGCGUCUGCCACUGCAACUGUGGAAGGCAUCAUGUCCACUACGUAAUCCCAUAUGAUGGGGACCAUUCCCUGGUGGACUCUUCGGAGAACUACUUUGUGAGUGACAGCGUGACCAAGCAGGAGAUGGACUUGAUGCUGGGGCUGCUGUUGGGCUUCUGCAUCAGCUGGCUGCUGCUGUGGCUGGACGGGGUUCUGCACUGUGCGGUUCGGGCCUGGAGGGCGAGCCGCUACUAUGAUACUCCAUCCUGGUCGUGGCUGCCACAGUUCUGCAACCUUCGAGACCUCCGCCGCCGAGCGCAGCUCAGGCAGCUGGAAGAGUCCAGUGGAAACAUGGUCCACAUCAAGCAGAAGCUGUACCACAACGGCCACCCCAGCCCCCGGCACCUCUGA